AUGCCAGCAUAUCACUCGGUCUUCCUAGGUGACCAAGGUGUUCAGCUUCUAGGCAACUUUCCUCUAUUACCUCUGAGAACCAGAACUCGCGGACCAGCCUAUGCUCUCCCCACUCUACCAGCCGGCAGCGACCCUCUUGACGUGGACCCAGAGUCAGAGUCCUACGACAUCCUUGAUGAGUCUCUAUCACUCUUUCGAGCGAAUGUGUUCUUCCGAAAUUUCGAGAUACAGGGUCCUGCGGACAGGCAUCUAAUAUACUGCAUACUGUUCUUGUCUCAGUGUUUGACUACAGUAAAACCGAAUCAAGACCCAAAAUCAGCAGAAAAGGCGUUGAUCAACCUCGCACUUGAACAUUUCAGCCUACCAGGGGAGCCCGGCUUUCCUCUGAACCAGGCAUAUGAGGGUCCUAGAGAUCGACAAGAUGCGGAAACGCAGAGGCAAUAUUUAAGUCAAGUACGGCAGGAGCUAGCGCAGAGAUUACAUGCCCGUCUGUACGCGGACGGUACAGGAGUACCUAACAAGUUCUGGAUGAGCUUCGCGAAGCGUAAGUUUAUGGGCAAGAAUCUUUGA